AUUCAAAGCUCAGAUUAUUUACCGACAUUUUCGAAUCGUUAUUCAUAGAGUUAAUAUAUAUUUUGUCUCAAUAAUUUUUUUUUUUCCAAAACAUGAAUAAUCCCGAGCUGUAUCGCAAAGCAAAUGCCUGUCAACGAUGCGAUGCCCAGCAGAUAAUCAAAGAAUAUUUCCCCCAACUGAACUGGAAUGGCAAGGAUUCUCUCAUAGAUUUGGGUACUGGGUCCGGUGAUGUACUCAUGGAUUUUGUGCACCCUUCAUUGCCGUGUAAUUUUCAAAGGCUAGUGGGUAGCGACAUCAAUCCCAAAAUGGUUGAUUAUGCCCAGCAUGAAUAUGGUCAUCAUAAGAAUGUGGAGUUUCGUAUUUUGGACAUGGCUACACGGAAGAAUUUACCCAUCGAUUUGAGGGGACAAUUUGACCAUGUCACCUCCUUUUAUGCUCUGAUGUAUGCAUCGGAUUUAAGACAAACUCUUUCGAAUAUUUUGGAUCUCUUACGCCCAGAUGCGGGAGGUGAUUGCUUGCUUUUGACUCUAAUACACCAUCACGUGUAUCUUUCGUAUAAAAUUCUGGCAGCCAUGGAUAAAUGGUGGAAAUACAUGUACAACAUGGACUCAUAUAUACCACCACAAAUUUAUUGGAAAAAUCCCAUGCAUAAAUUUGAAAAUUUAAUGUUUGGCAGUGGAUUUUCAGAAUGCCACGUGGAUAUACAAUCGAAAAUAUUCACCUACGACAAUGUGGAGGUGUUCAGAACAAACAUGGAAGCGGUAUGUCCAUUUCUACCACGCAUUCCACAAACGCUACAAUCCGAGUUUAUGGACGACUUGAUGUAUCAUUCCUUUCAAAUCAUUGGCAUAAAUUAUUACACUAUGAAUCGACGUGCCAUAUCUCCAAUACCACAUAGGGUGGCAGUGAUAUAUGCCAGAAAAUUGGGACAAAUAGGGCUGAAAUAAGCAGCAGUUACAGUGGACCAUAAAUCUGUAGGGAGAAUUAAGAAAUUCUUUACUGUUGGUAAUUUGGAAAUUUUUCUAUUAAAAACAAGUUAAAAAGCAGUAAGUUCGGCCGGGCCGAAC